AUGUCAGCCUCAUCAUCGCUCUAUCAAAGACCCACUUCUGCCAAUAGUAAUAAUAGUAGCAACGGCCACCAAGCAAGACGCGAAGUGAGAAGCAAUAGUUUGUACUCACAACUGCAAGACACUUCGAGAACAAGAAGUAAAUCAUCUCCAGCCACAUUGAUCAAUAGUAAGAAUCAUUCCGAUGAUGUGUUCUCGUACAAUAAGGAACAACAUAAAACUCCAGUAGUCAUGUCUGAUUUAAUUUCCUUCAUGACUGAUCGCAAUAAGGAAAUUGAUUACCCCACCCAAUUUUUAAUGAAUAAGAUGAAGAAGCGUUUACAGGAAGGAGGACUCUCUCCUCGUUUCUCGACCCGAAGUCAAAGCGUGAUCAUGAUGAUGAAGAAUGGCCAACUCUCGGACUGUACCAAUGGAUCCAACACUAAUGUUGAAACAACCACUCAAAGAGUUGAGUCGCGAUAA